AGAAGGGAGAAAUCAUCCAACGCAAGUCCAAAUCUUGUUACGUUAGAUUCCACUUCUUUGUCUUCCCACGAGGCGUAGAAUGCGCGCAACGCAACGUCGAAGCGCAAGUGGAUCAACGACCACCACGCGAGUCAUCCAAACACAUCGAGCAGCACAUCAUGGGCAUUUGGGACGAAGAGCUCGAUGACGAUGAGGAGGAUGACGAGGAAGAUGAAGAACAGCCCCAGAAUGCGCCUUUGGUGGAUCGGAUACUCAAGUCUUUUGUUUCCAGCAAUUUCCAUGACCCGGCACGUGAUUACCUCCCUGAAGGUUGUUUGAAAGAUCUCGUAACUCAGUCUGCGAUCGCGACAGAACUGCACAGCUUCGAUGGCGAAUUCAGAAGCUUACCUGAGGAUAAGAAAAAGAAGAAGAUCCAAAAGAUGAAUUGCGACAUUGAAUAUCGCGAAGAGCUUGCUACGUGGAUACUAAAAAAUGCGCCCAGAACGUUUGCUGUGGCCCUCCAAUGCGAAUCUGAUCCGAUACUUUUGGUCAUCGCCAUGUCGAUUUUUCGGGACAACAACUUUACAGAUGAAUCCCUACCUAUUCCAGACUUGAUGCCGUCAACUAAGAUAUUUCCUCCGGCAAUCUGGACGUCGUCCGUCAAGCUCUGGACCCCGGUGAAAAUUCACAAUUUCUACGAGAAACAAUGGAAAUGUCUGGUUCCUGUUUUCUCUUGCGCCAAAUACGACCACGAUCUCUUGUAUGACAACUACAUCUUUCCUUUCACCAAAGUGGGCGCAGCGCCGAAGGUCGGCGCUUUCAGCUUUGUUCACAGGGUAGUAAUACGCGACGAUCACCAAAGACAUGUAAACAUGGAACAGUGGACACGGUAGUCAUGUACUGUUUCGUGGCGCGAUCUCAGGCAACGCCCAUCUUGAGAACUCAAGGUAGCUUGCCUAUGGAAUUGACACCUGGGUUCCAAGUAAAGUUGGUUCUGCUCAACUUUUAGGGAGACCGUCAGACUUAUGCGAGGCUGGGGCCACAUUUAUGCUAUGGAGAAUUGGAUUUA